AUGUAUUUGCCCUGUUUUCUUUUUCUCGUCGCAUGUCAAUAUUCUUUCUUCAAAUCUUCAAUAGCUUAGUUAAGAGAGCAUAGCUCGUAAUCGAUCAAGAGUCGGCCAUUUUUUUUUCAAAUCUGCGUUUAGCAGAUCCUACAACAUUUCCUAUUCCUGGGUUUAAGACUGUAGAAGCAUGGCCUAGUUAUGGAAUAAAUUCAAAGUAUAAUGAUAACAAUGUCCAAGCUAAACGUUCUCAUCGGAUUUGUGCUUCUCUGGGUUGGAUUAAUUUCUAUUUCAGGUGUAAAGGGCGAUUGUCCCACCGACUGCACUGCACCAGAUUGCUGUUACGAUGAAAUACCACAGCCAUUAGGAGACGGAGGUGACAUAGUCCCUAUACAAGACUGCUAUUCCAGUGGAAGUAUAGUGAACUACAACUGCUCUGGGAAUCUAAGAGGCCCCCCUAACCAGAUUUGCAACAAUGGAGCAUGGUCUUAUCCAUUCGCUCCAACGUGUGAAGCUGUGACGUCAUGCCCGAAGCCUACGGUACCAACAGACGGCAGUAUAGAUCCGAACGAAAAUCAAUAUGAUCUAUAUACACGGAUCUCUUACGCCUGCGACGAUGGGUAUUCACUGGUAGGUCCCGACGAAGCCGUCUGCGAGUCGGGUGGAACAUGGAACCCUUCUACGACACCAUCCUGCGAAGCCAGCUGUGACCCACCAACAUUAGAUAACGGAUACGUUGAUCCUAAUAAAACAUCUUAUAUGAAUGGAGAGGUACUCAACUAUGAGUGCAAUGCAAACUAUACACUGGUCGGAGUUUCUACAACGACUUGCCGCAAUGGGGUCUACGAUCCCUCAGCGUUACCAACCUGCUUUAGUAUGUGUAGUCCACCUGUGGUUGAAAACUCGGACUACGAUGUGCAACGACCACCGGUCGACCACGCCUCCACGAUUACGAUAGAAUGCGACCAGGGAUACUCAACCGGAACCGGUACCGACCAAGACUUGACAUGUAAUGACGGCAGUUUUAACGACGCUCCGCCAGUAUGUUAUGCGAACUGUCAACCACUGAGUGAAACAUUUGAAAACGGUGUUCGUUCUGGAGACACUACACCUUUCUACCACGAUGAACAGGUGUCAUACAGGUGUAACACUGGCUACAGCUUGGUUGGCUCCUCGGUCAUUACAUGUAAGGAUGGCAAUUGGACUGAUGACGAACCAGUCUGCAAAGAAAAUUGUGUUGUUGGCGAGGUGCCUGAUUCCAAUUACGCAACUGGUGGCACGGUUAUACACGGUGAUAUUUUUAAUGUAACUUGCGAUGACGGCUAUUCAACGGGUACAUCAAGAGCGACUGAGCUAUCUUGCGAUGAUGGUACCUUAUCUCCAGGACUUCCUACAUGUUACGGAGAUUGCACACCACCUACGGUGCCUUACUCCGACUACAGGAUCCAAAAACCAGACGUCUUCCACAACGCUGUUAUCACGGUAUCCUGUUGGGGUAACUAUUCCCUCGACGCAGACUCACAGAGCACUAAUCUCUCGUGUAAUGAUGGGAAUUUCGAGGAGGAUACCCCUACUUGCUACGAAAACUGCCCUGAGAUUUCUGCUCCGGACAACGGCGUAAUAACAGAUGGAGAAAGUCCCUUCUACCACUUGGAGAAGGUCAGCUUUGAAUGCAAUGAGAACUUCACCCUGAUUGGCGCAUCAGAUAUCACGUGCAAUGACGGAUCAUUCGAUAACAGCCCUCCAAUAUGUUCGGCUCAAUGCAAACCACCGGUCAUACCAAAGUCAAACUCGACAUCAUCAUCGCCCCUUCUUGAAUCAGGAUCCAACAUAACUGUGGUAUGUGACGAUGGAUACUCUAAUGGUCAGUCACGAAGCACUACAUCAACCUGUGAUAAUGGAGAGCUGCAACCUGCAGUACCUCUUUGCUAUGAGGACUGUACGCCACCCGUCGUGCGCGACUCUGACUACGACACGCAGAAGGAUGACGUGUUCCAUUCCACGGAGAUCAUCAUCGCCUGCGACGCCGGGUAUUCUACUGGUAUAAGCACGACGACAACGUUAACGUGCAUAGAUGGAAAUUUCAAUGGGACAGUACCUGUUUGCUACGCUGACUGUACUCCACCAGUCGUGCCUUAUUCCAACUACCAAUCGCAGCAACCUGAUGUCUUCCAUGACACCGACUUCAUCAUCCAAUGUUGGUCCAACUAUUCUACGGGGCCAGUUUCACAGGAAACUACAGUAACCUGUGACAAUGGCACAUUGAGUAACGACGAUGUCACCUGUUUUGAAAAUUGCGAAGUCCCAUUGGUGGAAGAUUCGGACUACAGCGAGCAGAAAGAUGAUGUGUUCCAUUUAGUCACUUUCAACGUUACUUGCGAUGAUGGUUACUCAAACAGUGAUGACAUUUAUACGACUUUGACAUGUACCGAUGGCGAUUUGAAUGAUGCUGAUCCAACCUGUUAUGAGAAUUGUCCUGAUUUUGGGAUGAUCGAAGACGGCUCGUAUUCUGGCGACGCCCCUCCCUUUUACCAUAAUGAGACAGUAUCAUUCACCUGUAACACCAAUCACACACUGAUUGGCAUUGAGACACUAAUAUGCAGUGAUGGCAAUUGGAGUGCACCUAUUCCAUCUUGCAAAGCGGACUGCCUUCCUCCAGUGAUAGCCAACUCAAACUAUAACGCCAGCAAUCCUCAGGUAAUUCAUGAUACAACCAUUGCAAUUACAUGCGACACGGGGUAUUCUACCGGGGAAAACACGACGCAGCUCAUUCAGUGUAUCGACGGCGAUUUCAGUCCCGAGCCACUCCAAUGUCUACGCGAUUGCACACCGCCGAUUGUAGAAAAUUCCGACUACGCUACGCAAGCGGAUUCUGUUUUCACAUCUCAGUCGUUCGUCAUAACGUGUAACGCAAAUUACACGGUAGGAGAUGGUGACUCAACCGCAACGACAACGCUGACGUGUGACGAUGGCGAACUCAAUGAGCAGAACGUCACAUGUUACGCAAACUGCCCAGACCCAGGCCAGCCUACCGACGGCGAAUACGAACUCAUCGGUGAUGGGUUCUACCACGGUACGGUAGUUUACUACUAUUGCGAUGCUCGUUUCGACCUCGAAGGGGAAAGCGAACUAGUAUGCGACGACGGAGAAUGGUCAAGCCCUGCACCGAAUUGUACAGAUAAGUCAUCCUAUGACCUGAUCAUGCUCACCUGCGGCCCGACCAGCAUGGAAGUCGGGAUCCCUAAGAUACUACUCGAAGACAUUGACGUGGACGACAUCGGGAUGGAAGGGAAUCUGAGUUGCGCUGGUUACAUCGACGGUGACAUGAUGAGAGUUAACACGUCUCUUUCUGGAUGCGGCACCAAUAAAACGGAAAAUUCCACCCAUGACACGUACACGAACCGCGUUGUCAACAAUUACUUUAAAGACGUGAUCACCAGAGUGGUUGAUAUCCAGAUUCCCCUGAAAUGCUCAUACCCUAGAAAUGAGGAGGUGCGGGCUGUCCGCUACGCAGUCCUUGAUUACGUCCUAGGAAAGAACUUGGAAGAAACCGGGACGUAUAAGAUGACGUUCGGCAUCUACAACACUUCGCUUUUCACGCAUCGGUACGCGGAUGGCGGAGCGGUUGACCUCGACAUCAACGACAGGUUAUUCUUUCAGCUGCAGCUCGUCACCGAUGUUGCCGACAACUUUCUGGUUGCUGACCAGUGUUGGGCCACGCCUUCGGAAGACUCCCAAGAUUCCACGAGCCAUGCCUUGGUGGAUAAAGGGUGCCCAAGUGAUGACACAUUGCAGUUCUUAACAGGAUAUAAAAAUGGAGAAGGCACAAUUGUUCGGUUUGAAUUGAGAUCCUUUAGAUUUGUGGAAGACGACGACAAAGAGGUCUAUGUCCAUUGCGAAGUAUUUGUCUGCCAUGAGGACUCCACGGAUUCAUUCUGUAACUCAAACUGCGAUUCCUCGCGCAAACGUAGAUACUCUGACGAUCAUCUAAGCGGUUGGGAGCGUGCCAAGCUUAGAGGAGAACUGUUGAAUAAAACCUUGUUGAUUGGGGGAGGCGAACGAGCGAAGAGAGCAAGCGCGCAUCAUGACCCCGUUGUCAAGUUCGUGAAGGCCGGCCCUUUCAGAUGGAAUGUCGGCGUUGGCGAGGCUCCUCAACUCCAUGCUGUUCUGUUAGCAGAUGGAGGUAAGAAUGUCCAUUCCCCGAACGAUGGCAUGACCGGUGGCCAGAUUUCCCAGUCGUCAUCGUCGGCGUGGAUGCACUCGGUGAUCGGUCUCGGUGUCAUCGUCGUCGUAUUUGCAGCCAUACUCUUAGUCGUGGUCAAACAUUACAAGCGACGACUGAGGAGAGACUACCGCUACCAGGCUUUGCAUAGAAACAGCUAGACGAUACCACUCUCCGAAUAGAAGCAGCGAGAUCAGGGCCGUAACACAAAUGUUAUAGCGAUUAAUCGUUAUAUGAAUUGACCUCUCAAAAUCAUCGUUGCAUGCGCAUUUUGCCCAGUAAACUGACUAGGAAUCAAUCGAAAUUCCCCUUUCAAAUUAGUAAUUAAUUAAUUGGUAACAUUUGUGCUACGAGACCCAGUAUGUAUUUUGUUUCUAGAUAUUGAUGACUGCCUGUAUACGUUUAUGUAAUAAAGUCAGCAAGCAAAAGCAUAAAAUGUGAACUGCUACGAUCUUAAAUCCCGCGGCUGCAUAACCAGGUUUCUUUAAUAUUCGUUUCCUUUAGCGUAUAUGAUUUCCAUCUAUAAAAAUAAACUCAGUGUCAAAGUUUAUUUCAUAGAUUAUAUUUUUUAUCAUCCAGGGUGGUGAGUGCAUCAUGAAACGAAUCCACAUCAAUGCCUGCAAGAUUAAACAGCUGUGAAUUAUUCAAAAUUGUGUAAGAUAGGAUAUUUUUUUUCUUGAGGCUAUCAAAAUUUGUUUCAUAUUUCUCUGAUAAUAAAUCUAAAAAGUACGAAUGACUGUUUAUUCACGCUAUCUGAAGUGGUUCUGUAAAACAAAAAACAAGCAUUGAUUUAUCGUAGGCCUAUGACCACAAGCAUUAAUUAAUUUCUUCGCUUGAAAUACUGUAAGAUCACUUAGAUUUAUUGUUCUUCUUUUGUGAUCAGACCCCAAUAUGAAGUUGUUUAUUAUAUCAAAGACUUAUUUAUUCACAUUGCUAACGCAGAUUGAAAAAUGUUUUGGGGUUCAUAAGAACAGUUGACUGGUUUUUUGAAGAAAAAAGUAAUGCUCCAAAUUUCAGAAUGCUCGUUGUUAUGGUUAUAGUUAUAAUGAUAACACAAAAAAGCAUCGUCAUUUGGAUUAAUAAGACACGGUAGUGAAAAAAAGAUCCCGGAGAUGUAUAGAAGGCCGUCUACAUUGACUUCUGCAGUGGUGGAGCCUCCGACAAAAUUCCUGCUCCCUGAUUCGUCGAAAGGAGCAUACAGUCACCUAUCAUUGUGAUUUAGUGAGUGAUUUAAAAGGGGUGAUGUCACUCGACUGAAUUAAAAAAAAUGUGGCGUACAUGGCCAGUCAUAUUGUAGAUAUAUACCGUGUUUACACGUUUCCCAGGCAAGCGGGGCAGACCCGCGAGCCGGGGCAGCGUGUAAACACAAUAAUAGGUAUGUUCGUGCAGGGCGUGUGAAUGACGUUGUCCUCUAGAUUUCAAAUGGCGUAGCGCGAGGGGUGGAUUCUCUUUGGUGUAUAAUAUUUGUCAGCAAGCCAAUUUUUUCAAAUGACACUGUUUUAUAAGAGACCUAUAAUAUUUAACCCCUUUAACUUCAAAUCAAAUUUGUGACAUGAUUAAUUUUAUACCCCUUUAAAAAAUGACUGCUGCUGCUUGUUCGAUUUUCUCACUCGCAUUGUUUUGUUUUAUAUACAGUUAUAUACACAGAUAAAUACCAAAAUAAAAGAAUCUCUUGAUUCAUGGUAACGGGGAUCAGCAGUAACUUAAAAUCAAAGUUGCUAUGUCAGUUAUCAAAUUCAAAAAGUCAGAUAUAUCUGUUUGCGACCGGACACUGUCCAAGCUUCUUUGUUUUUUACUGACGAAAAUAUUAUGGCUUUACGUGAGAUUUUACUCAGAAAACAGAUAAACGACA